GGUUUUUUCGACAAUAUUCUAGCUGGAGACCGUCCAACUUUCUGAAAGAAUAUAUAUAUUAAAGGCGACUCGAUUGGAUAUCCAGUCAAUUGUUCGCUGGACAAGGCAGAGUCAACAUGGCUUCAGCUACUAUGUUUAAAUUAGCUCUUCUCGGCUUCCUAGUCGUAUCUUCCUCAUUGGCGGAAAUCAAAUCCGACAAAAAGGGAAAACGCGCAGCGUUCGCUUUCGGAACCAAGUACUUCGGUUCGUCCACACCGGCUCCGUUCGCCAACUCAUACCCGACUACCGCCGCUCCCUUGAAAUCGUUCUCCUACUCCACGGCGGCUCCAUUGGCCUACAACGACUUCUCGUCCACCAUCGCCCCUGCCGUAAAAUCCUUCUCCGAUGAAGGCUUCUUAGCCGGCUCUACAGCCGCGCCUCCUUUGGCCGGACCCGCGUUUUCCGACGCCGCCGCCUCCGGCUACUCGUACUCGACUCCGGCCCCAUUCGCCAGCUCGACCUUAGCCCCGCAGUACCCGGCAUCUUUUGCUGGUUCUUCGUACCCGACCUCCUAUGCCGCCGGUUUGCAGUACCCGGCCUCAUACGGAUCGCAGUACCCGGCCUCCUUCGCCGGCCAGCAGUACCAGGCCUCCUCCUUCACCGGUUCGUCCACACCGGAACCGGUCCUCCUCAACAGAUCGCCGGCUUUCGACACGGCCUACGGUAGCUACUACGGAAACUCUUAUGGCUCUAACGGCCAGUCUUCUUACUUCGCCUCUUCCACCGCCGCGCCGAGCGGUUUCGAAGGCUCCACGGCCUCCUCCGCUUCCUUCGUCAAGUCGGAAGACGCCGUCCAAGUGAACGCCGCCCCAGUUCCGGCACCCAGCCACGAAGUGCACAUCACCAGGGAAGUCCCGGUACCUUACUACGUGCAAGUCGAAAAGCGAGUGCCAUACCCCGUGCUCGUCCGCGUGCCACAUCCAUACCCGGUCACGGUAGAGAAGCACGUCCCGUACGCCGUUAAAGUCAACGUGGACAGACCCGUACACGUUCCACAACCUUACCCCGUGGAAAUCGAAAAGAGAGUACCGUACCCCGUGGAGAAGCCAGUGCCCUACGAAGUCAAAGUGCCGGUGGACAGACCGUACGCGGUUCACGUGCCAUACGAGAAACCAGUUCCUUACCCAGUCGAGAAGCCCGUGCCGUACCCAGUCCGUGUGAAUGUCGACAGACCGUACCCAGUAGAAAAGCCAGUGCCGUACCCGGUAACGGUGGAGAAAGCCGUUCCUUACCCAGUCGAAAAGGCCGUGCCAUACCCGGUAGAAAAACUGGUGCCGUACCCUGUAGAAAAGCGAGUUCCGUACCCAGUCAAGUACGAAGUGCCAGUAAAGGUACCUGUCCCCUAUGAGGUCAGAGUUCCAGUCAACGUAGAUAGGCCAGUUCCCUACCCGGUAGAGAAGAGAGUGCCGUACCCCGUCCAAGUUCCGGUCGAAGUCAAGGUACCCGUACCCGUCCAAGCUCCAGUCCAACGUUUCGCCACCGUACACUACUAUCAACAUGGCGGUUUCGAAGGCCCUCAAUUGGCCCAAUUCGGUAAAGCCGGAUACAAUGCAGCUUCCGGAAGCGGCGAGUUCUACGGCUCUAACGCCGGCCAGGCCUUUGGCUCCACUGCCGCCCCGGCACUUAACGGUGCCAACUUCUACAGCUCCACUGCCGCCCCGGCACUGAACGGUGCCAACUUCUACAGCUCCACCUCAGCCCCGGCUAGUUUCUACGGCUCCAACGCCGGCUCAUCUUUCACCUCAACUGCCGCCCCCGCGCUUUCCGGUGCCAACUUCUACAGCUCCACCCCAGCCCCGGCUAGUUUCUACGGCUCCAACGCCGGCUCGGCCUUCGGCCCCACCGCCGCCCCCGCACUUUCCGGUGCCAACUUCUACAGCUCUUCCUCCGCUCCGGCUAGUUUCUACGGGUCCACCGGCAGCCCUGCCGGUAUCUUUGGUUCCGGUGUGUCCUCGGACGGCUACUUCGGACUCAACGAAGCCCAGAAGAGCGGUUUGUUCGGAUCGCAGAAUUUCUUCGGUUCGUCCACCCCGGCCCCAUUCGGAGACUUCGGCAAGUCUCUAAAAUCUAACGACGAUGCUUCCGUGUCUUCUGGACAAGAAGCCGUCCAGAUCGGUGGCCAAAAAUCCGUCGAACCAAAAGUCGAGUCCAGCCAAGCAUCCGAAGAACCGAACAGCACAAAGUAAGAGGAAUAUGAGUCUUAGCUGACCAUAAAUCAUACGUCAAAAAGAAAUAGACUGUUUCGCCGAUCAACUGAUGAUAACAGUAUUAUAAUUAGGUACACUUCUUUAUUUUUGUCAGUAAUAAUUAUCGAUAAACUCGACAAAACAGAUAUUAUAUAUGUCAUAUAAAUAUUUUUUUUUAAUAUAAAAAGUUUAUCGAUAUUUGAAAAACCAUUAUGUUAUUUGUGUACAAUUUUUAAUUAUAUAUAAAUAAACUUCCAAAUAAUGUAA